AUGUACAAAGUGUUAGAUGAACCAGCAUCUUCAGGAGACAGUGGAGACGAGAGUGGCAGUGAACCAGAGUCACCGAGUGAGAAGCUGCUACAGGUACACAAGCAAGAGUGGACCUGUGAUAGCAAUGAACGGGAAACCAAAAAUAGAGAAUCCCACAACGACGCACUAGCUUCCACAUCAUCCACUACUCAAGAAGCUGACAGCAGCAAGCCAUCGUUGCCCAAACUGAUGCCCAAGAUUGAACAGAUGCCUGGAGGAGCUAUGCUGUAUCCUGGCGUCUUGGCUGGCCUGGACGGCAUCAGUAGUAACCUUGGACUGGGCAAUCUGGCCAUGGGUUACCCACACGGAUUUAUAUUGGGACUGGCUAAUCAGGGUCAAGAAGGCGCGUCAUCAUCAAGCCAACCUCAGUUCAUUACUAUCCCGCUGUCGAUGGCGAUGGCGGCGGCUGCCGGCGCGCCCACUGCCACCGUCACCAACGGCUGCGGAGCCAGCGCCUCCAGCGACGACAGCAGCGAACUACAAGACUUGAGCACCGGCAGAAAGUGA